AUGUUUUGUUUACCUCCCAGGAACGGCUCUGUGAUAGUCACCUUGUUAAUUGACUUUGCCAAUGGCACACAAGUCCCUACGUCCGAAGAGCUGGUCACGGCACUUGUUGAGGCUUUAAAGAGUAAUAGCUCUAUGCUAGCACAGUUUCUGUUUGAUAUAUCUAGCAUUGAAUCUAAUGGUAAGUAAACAAAUUCCCUUAGAAAACAUAGCUGGAAAACAGAUACUUUGCACAGGCUGGAUUUGUUACAUGUUUAUUUAGUUCUUUAUAAUGUAUGAAAGGAAGUUUGGUCUGUGACGUGGUUUUCAGUGAUUAUGACUGAAUGGUACAUUUUUGCAAACAUAUAACACAUAUGAAAUAAGUUACAAACCUUUAGCUGAAAUAUAUUACUGAUCAUUGCAAUAUAUUAUAUCCGGUCCAGCGUUAGUAAUCUCUAUUCUAAUCUCAUAGGGUUUAGAAUAUACCAAACUACAUCCAAACCAGCAACCACCUCACCAUCUAAAUCCGAUAUUAUUCCAACUACCAGCUCCCCGUCUGAAACCACCACUAAGCCAAUUACUAACUCCUCAUCUGCCACAAGCACUGUGCCAACUAUCAUCUCUACUAUGGCAGCUUCUGCCUCAAUAAAUAAUACCAGCACUGUGUCAACUACCAGCUACUUAUCUGAAACAAGCACUGUGCCUAAUACGAGCUCACUGUCACAAACCAGCACUGUGCCAACUAACAGCUCCUUAUCUGAAACCAGCACUAGGCCAACUACCAGCUCACUGUCAGAAACCAGCACUGUGUCAACUACCAGCUCACUGUCAGAAACCAGCACUAUGCCAACUACCAGCUCACUGUCAGAAACCAACACUGUGCCAAUUACCAGCUCACUGUCAGAAACCAGCACUAUGCCAACUACCAGCUUACUGUCAGAAACCAUAAUUGUGCCAACUGCCAGAUCCUUAUCUGAAACCAGCACUGUGCCUAAUACCAGCUCACUGUCACAAACCAGCACUGUGCCAUCUAACAGCUCGUUAUCUGAAACCAGCACUAGGCCAACUACCAGCUCCUUAUCUGAAACCAGCACUAUGCCAACUACCAGCUCACUGUCAGAAACCAGCACUGUGCCAACUACCAGCUCACUGUCAGAAACCAGCACUAUGCCAACUAGCAGCUCUCUGUCAGAAACCAACACUGUGCCAAUUACCAGCUCACUGUCAGAAACCAUUAUUGUGCCAACUAUCAGCUCCUUAUCUGAAACCAGCCCUAUGCCAACUACUAGCUCCAUAUCAGAAGCCAUCACUAUGCCAACUACCCGCUCCUUAUCUGAAACCAGCACUGUGCCACCUACCAGCUCCUUAUCUGAAACAAGCAAAGUUCUAACUACCAGCUCCUUAUCUGAAACCAGCACUGUGCCAACUACCAGCUUCUCAUCUAAAGGCAGCAUUGUGCCAACUACCAGCUCCUCAUAUAAAACCAGCACUGUGCCAACUACCAGCUCCUUAUCUGAAACCAGCACAGUGCCAACUACCAGCUCCUUAUCUGAAAGCAGCACUGUGCCAUCUACCAGUUCCUCGUCUAAAACCAGCACUGUGCCAUCUACCAGCUCCUCGUCUAAAACCAGCACUGUGCCAACUACCAGCUCCUUAUCUGAAACCAGCACUAGGCCAACUACCAGCUCCUUAUCUGAAACCAGCACUAGGCCAAUGACCAGCUCCUUAUCUGAAACCAGCACUGUGCCAUCUACCAUCUCCUCAUCUGAAACCAGCACUAGGCCAACUACCAGCUUCUUAUCUGAAACCAGCACUGUCCCAACUACCAGAUCCUUAUCUGAAACCAGCACAAGGCAAACUACAAGCUCCUUAUCUGAAACCGGCACUGUACCAACUACCAGCUCCUUAUCUGAAACCAGCACUGUCCCAACUACCAGCUCCUUAUCUGAAACCAGCACUAUGCCAACUACCAGCUCCUUAUCUGAAACCAGCACUAGGCCAGCUACCAGCUACUUAUCUGAAACAAGCACUGUGCCUAAUACCAGAUCCUCAUCUAAAGCCAGCACUGUGCCAACUACCAACUCCCCUUCUAAAACCAGCACUGUGCCAACUACCAGCUCCUUAUCUGAAACCAGCACUGUGCCAACGUCCAGCUCCUCAUCGAAACCCAGCACUGUGCCAACUACUAGCUCCUUAUCUGAAACCAGCACAAGGUCAACUACAAGCUCCUUAUCUGAAACCGGCACUGUGCCAACUACCAUCUCCUCAUCUGAAACCAGCACUAGGCCAACUACCAGCUCCUUAUCUGAAACCAGCACUGUGCCAAGAACCAGCUUCUUAUCUGAAACCAGCACUGUCCCAACUACCAUCUCCUUAUCUGAAACCAGCACUAUGCCAACUACCAGCUCCUUAUCUGAAACCAGCACUGUGCCAUCUACCAGCUCCUUAUCUGAAACAAGCAAAGUUCUAACUACCAGCUCCUUAUCUGAAACCAGCACUGUGCCAACUACCAGCUUCUCAUCUCAAGGCAGCACUGUGCCAACUACCAUCUCCUCAUCUAAAACCAGCACUGUGCCAACUACCAGCUCCUUAUCUGAAACCAGCACUAGGCCAACUACCAGCUCCUUAUCUGAAACCAGCACUGUGCCAACUACCAGCUCCUUAUCUGAAACCAGCACUAGGCCAACUACUACCAGCUUCUUAAUAUCUGAAACCAGCACUGUCCCAACUACCAGCUCCUUAUCUGAAACCAGCACAAGGCAAACUACAAGCUCCUUAUCUGAAACCAGCACUGUGCCAACUACCAGCUCCUUAUCUGAAACCAGCACUAGGCCAACUACCAGCUCCUUAUCUGAAACCAGCACUGUGCCAUCUACCAUCUCCUCAUCUGAAACCAGCACUAGGCCAACUACCAGCUUCUUAUCUGAAACCAGCACUGUCCCAACUACCAGCUCCUUAUCUGAAACCAGCACAAGGCAAACUACAAGCUCCUUAUCUGAAACCGGCACUGUGCCAACUACCAGCUCCUUAUCUGAAACCAGCACUGUCCCAACUACCAGCUCCUUAUCUGAAACCAGCACUAUGCCAACUACCAGCUCCUUAUCUGAAACCAGCACUAGGCCAACUACCAGCUACUUAUCUGAAACAAGCACUGUGCCUAAUACCAGAUCCUCAUCUAAAGCCAGCACUGUGCCAACUACUUCAGCUUCUUUAUCUGAAAACUACAGCAACGCGUGCUUUCUGGAAUCUCAACAGCUCAGAUUGGUGGUGCAAAAAAAAACCCAGCACUGGAAGCAAUCCAUCAGCCUUAUCCGAAACCAGCACUGUGCCAUCUACCAUCUCCUCAUCUGA